AUGGGCAGAUACGACGGGUGUGUCUUUUACGUUUUGGUUGAGGACGAGGUCGAGGCCGAGUCUGUGGCAAACGGCCAGAAACAAGAGCUUGAAAGCGCUCUUUGCACAAAUCAAUGCCUGUCUUUCAAGAAGCGACAGGCUACGUGCGUUGCGGGUGCUCCAUCAUGGCCAACGAAGGGGGCCAUCUUGGUAUGUCUUUCAAGUCUUUUCCGAGGCGGCAACGCGCAGUCGCCUGCAGCGGGUGCGAUUGGAAAAGAAAGCCCGGUAGUGCGAGAUCAGUCCAGAGGUAUGUGA